AAAGAAAGAAAGAAAGAAAACCAGGGCACACUUCCUGUCUGCAAUGCGCCGCCGGCACACCAGGGGCAGACCAAUAAUAUGGCUUCGUUUCCGUCCUAAAUAUUCAGCGAAGAAGAAGAGCGACUCUUCAGCUGGGGAAAAUGGCAGACGUGGAGAUGGAUAUCAUGUCCAGCAGAAUGAAUAAUGGCAACGAACACGUAAAGGAAGAUCUGGAAAGCCAUGAACGAAGCGAGAAUGAGGACAGCGGGGACUUGUCAGAGGAAGAAGAGGAGGAGGAAGAGGAGGAAGCUGCAAAUAUUAAUGAGAAGGUGGAUGAAAAGUCCAAACAUCACAGCAGCAGUGGCAAACACAAGAGGAAAAAACACAAGCAUCGCAGCAAGCACAAAAAGCACAAACAUGUGUCUGAUGAAGACAAGGACCGCAAACGCAAGCAUCGACACAAACACAGGAAACACAAACGCAAAGAGGGCUCCUCCCCGUCAGCUGCCGCCCUUUUUGGCUCCUCCAGCCAACAGAAAGUGGAAUCUUCUCCCUCGUCCGGAAAUCCUAGUCUGGACGACAGGGCUGUGUUGGAGGAUUUGGAGAAACAGAGGGCCAUGAUCAAAGCUGAACUGGACAGCCAAUUGAUGGAGGGCAAGGUUCAGUCUGGCAUGGGUUUGAUCCUCCAGGGCUAUAACUCUGGAUCUGAAGAGGAUGGAGAUGCAAGGUUUAGAAAUGGAGAACAGCAUCCAAGAGGCAGCUCAGGUAAACCUAUAUCUCCCAGAGGGGGAAAAGGUGGGAAAUCUAGACGGGACUCGACGGCAGAGGUCAGUAAAUCCAGCUCCAAGCGUCGUAGUCGUAGUAAAUCCGUAGAUAAGCCCGCCAAGGAGACAAAGCAGGACAGGGGGACCAAAAGCAGUAAGGUUACAGGUGUUAAAGACCGAGGCCGUGGCAGGAGCAGAUCAAAGGACAGAAAGCGCUCAGACAGCACUGAUCAGUCCAAGGAGAGAAGAAAGUCACAUUCUCCUUUCAACUUACGAGCUGAGCAGAAAGUUAGUCGUGCUGAUAGACGUUCCUCUCCACCGCGAGACGUCAGACCAGACAGAGCAGGUCGACGAUCCAGAUCACCUGUUCGAGAACGGCCAAGUCGCUCCGAUGCCGAUCGGGACAAACGACCAGCCAAGUCCCCGUCUAAGGACACGUUGGGAAAAGAGAACCGCUCCCCCCACAGACGAGGGCCUCACAGCCCCAUAAGAAGACGCAGCGCUUCCCCUCGUCACAGGGACGCCCACCCCACAACUGUCAGUGCCUCGGACAGGACGUCCAAACCGAGCCACUCUCCAUCCAGAACCAAACCCUCCCCCAGGAGAGCCCGCAGUCGUUCAGCAGACACCAGGAGGCGCGAUGCAGACAGGCAGGAGUCUCCACUCAGAAAACGGUCCCGUUUGGAUCCUGGACCAGGCAGAGACAGAUCACGGGAGGGGAGUCCCAGGUCCGCCUCUCGCCGCAGAGUGAGUCGCUCUCCUCUAAGGAGGAGAUCCCCAUCACUACGUCGACGUUCUCGGUCCUCGCCCCGCAGGCGAAGCAGGUCUCCACUCGGACACAGGUCCGGGGAGAGGGACAGGUAUGGUAGACUUCGCCAGUAUCGACGCUCAAUGUCUCGUGAUCGGGAGAGACGGAGGCGACGCAGCAGAGACGAAGACAAGUUUAAAGGAAGCCUUUCAGAGGGAAUGAAAGUUGACCAGGAGUCCUCCGAGGGAGAAACGUUGGAGGACUUUGAGGGUGAGGAGAUUGAUGAAGAGGCCCUCAUUGAGCAGCGGCGACAGCAGCGCAUGGCUAUCGUCCAGAAAUACAAAGUGUUGAACGAAGACACCAACCUGGUGUCUGAGCCCAGCAGUCCUCAGAGCAGCACGCGUAGCCGCUCGCCCUCACCUGAUGACAUACUGGAGCGAGUAGCUGCAGAUGUAAAGGAGUACGAACGCGAGAAUGUCAACACUUUCGAGGCCAGCAUCAAAGCCAAGCACAACCUCAUCGCCCAGGAGAAAGAUGGAGCCAACCCAAAGAAGCCUUCAGCCCCUGACAUGUUUAUAGAGUCAGACGACAUGUUUGCUGCUCAUUUUGAUAGUGCCAGGAUGAGAGCAGCUGGAGUUGGAAAGGACUUCAAGGAGAACCCAAACCUCAGGGACAACUGGACUGAUGCUGAAGGGUACUACAGGGUGAACAUUGGAGAGACAUUAGACAAACGCUAUGACGUCUACGGCUACACGGGUCAGGGAGUGUUCAGCAAUGUAAUCAGAGCCAGGGACACUGCCAGGGCUGGCCAGGAGGUGGCAGUCAAGAUCAUCAGAAACAAUGAGCUGAUGCAGAAGACGGGUUUAAAAGAGUUAGAAUUCCUCAGGAAGCUGAACGACGCCGAUCCCGAUGACAAGUUCCACUGCCUUCGCCUCUUCCGACACUUCUACCACAAGCAGCAUCUUUGUCUCGUGUUUGAGCCUCUUAGUAUGAAUUUGCGAGAGGUGCUGAAGAAAUACGGCAAAGAUGUUGGACUCCACAUCAAAGCUGUGCGGUCUUACAGCCAGCAGCUCUUCUUGGCUCUGAAGCUGCUCAAACGUUGCAACAUCCUCCACGCUGACAUCAAGCCAGACAACAUCCUGGUCAACGAGUCCAAAACCAUUCUGAAACUCUGUGACUUUGGUUCUGCUUCACAUGUCGCUGACAAUGACAUCACACCGUAUCUUGUCAGCAGAUUCUACCGAGCUCCUGAAAUUAUCAUAGGGAAGCCUUAUGACUACGGUAUUGACAUGUGGUCUGUCGGCUGCACUUUGUACGAGCUGUACUCGGGCAGAAUCCUGCUUCCUGGGUCUUCCAACAAUCACAUGCUGAAGCUGGCAAUGGACCUGAAGGGCAAAAUGCCCAACAAGAUGAUCCGGAAAGGAUUGUUCAAAGACCAGCACUUUGAUCAGAACUUGAACUUUCUGUACAUUGAAGUAGACAAAGUGACCGAAAGGGAGAAGGUGACAGUGAUGAGCACCAUCAACCCUACCAAAGACCUGCUGGCAGAAUUAAUAGGAGGCCAGCGACUGCCUGAGGACCAGAGGAAGAAGGUAAUGCAGCUGAAGGACCUGCUGGAGAGCACACUGAUGCUGGACCCAGCUAAACGCAUCAGCAUAAACCAGGCUCUGCAGCACCCCUUCAUCCAGGAGAAGAUCUGACUCUGAACGCACCAAACGCUCCCACAUCAGGCGGACAGAACCGACCACUAAAGCAGCUCUGAUAGGAACUCUGCAGCGAGGCAACCCACCUACAUACAUUGUUUUAGAAAACCACUGUGUUUUGUUCUUCAACAGGACUUUGGUAAUGGAUACAUAAUUAUUUUAUUGUAAAUAGUUCAUUGAAAUUGUAGCCAUUGUCAAAGUUACACAUUUUCGCAUUUUUCUUUGUAAACUUCCUACCCUGCAAUGCAGUUAAACAUUUUUUUAUUAUUUACCUGGCACUGGAGUGACAGAUGAUUAAAGAGAAACGAUUCCUGUAAAUAAUGUAUGUCUAUUACAUUAAGAAUAUCAAGCAGCACACAGUUAAAUUCUGUCAUGAAAGCCGACCUCAGAAUCCAUCGUUUGUUUUUAACCAUGUUGCUCAUCAUGGGGCGCUGCAUGCUUUAGAAUGUGCACCCUCUGUGCUCUGUGGUGCAGGCCUGUGUAAAUGCUCCGUUUCUGCAACCAGUGUCCCUCGUGUUUCUGCAGCCUCUGACAUUGAGGCCUGACCUGAAGGAAAAUUUAUGCAUUUCUAGUUUAUGAUUUUUAAUUUUGAAAGCAGAUAGUAUUUUUUAUUUUUGUUUGUUUGUUUUACUUCCUCUCCCUGCUGCACUCUGGCUUGGUCCUAGCUAAAGGCUCUCACAUUUAAGUGCCUCCUGUUUGAGCCUGGUGUGUGAAAACACCAAACAAAAUAAUGCUAGCCUAAAGAAGCCACACUUAUGACCCUCCCCCUCUAAAUAAUGUACAUAGAGUCCAUGGUUCCUGUUUUGUGUAUGUUUAAUUCUUUUUUCUUUACAUGAAGUGGUAAAAUCAAUCUUGUGAUUAUAAUAAAUAGUUGUGGAAACGCUGCUGAAAGAGCACCUUCGGUAUAAAACGGCUUUUUAGUAAUAAAAUGUUUGCUACUGUACACACAAAGCUUUUCAUUUGUUUGUUUGGAUAUUGCAGUGAAUUAUAUCCUGUGAUCAGUCUCAAAUUAUAGACUAACAAUUAAAAAUAAAAUGUUUGAAAAUAGCUGAA